AUGGCCUUCCAAGCCGCAGAUGGCUUUGCCGGAGCCCGGCCCGGCUUCGUCUUCAAGAUGGGCCCUUCAGGCUUGGGUUACUACGCCGAGGGGGCCGUGGAGACGGUGGAGCGCUGGCAUUUUGGGCAGGUGGAGGUGGUGGUGCAGGUGGACGUGGCCAUGCGCAGCCUCACAGGGCUCCGCAUUUGGCCGGCGGCCCGGCGCCUGGCAGAGCUCCUAGCAAAGGACGCGCCGAGCGAAAGGAGAACCCGCCUGCAGGGCGCGCGGCUGCUGGAGCUGGGCGCCGGCUGCGGCCUGGUCUCUGCGCUCUGCGCCCAGCUGGGGGCGGCCGUCACGGCCUCCGACGGCGAAGACGCGGUGCUGCAUCGGCUGCGCCAGAGCAGCACGCUGAAUGCAAGACCCUUCGAAGUCAAGAAGCUGCGCUGGGGAGAAGAGGAGGCUCGGGAGACGGAACAUUUGGAUCCGGUGCGGACAUCGCCGUUCGACGUGAUCCUGGGUGCAGACAUCACCUACAACUGCAGCCAGCAGAGCUUGACGGCCUUGCUGGAUCUGAUCUCCUCUUUGGCAUGUGAGGCGACCGAGUCGCUGCUGGCGCACGGCCUGCGGGGCCACGAGCAAGCUGCGGCCUUGUGGUCGUCCCUGCAGGAGCGCUGGGGGGCCGCUGCGCGGAUCCUGGAUGGGCCGAUGCCGCCGUGGGCUGAGCGCAGUUUGGAGGAGGAGGAUCCAGUGCUGAUCUUCAGCUUGAAAGGGCCUGAGCUUACUUUUGCUGCCGAUGGUGCCAUGCCGGAUCCGGCGAGCCCGGUGCUGCGGUGGAUCAAUGCCGCACAGCUGCAAGGGCUGCUCAUGUUGAGUGACAGCACCAAGUGGCUGGUCUCGGGCACCGUCUUCGGUGUCCUGCUGUGGCGCAGAGACUGUGCGACCUGCUGGUGCGUCCUGGGCUCCGUGUGUGCGGCUUUGAACUGCAAGUGCCUAAAAUUCAUCAUCAACGAGUCGCGGCCUGCUGGUGCACGCAAGAUCGACCCGGGCAUGCCAUCAUCCCAUGCGCAAAGCCUAGGAUUCUUGUCCACCUACACCGCCCUGUCGCUGCUGGAUGGGACUUGCUGGCACGGGUUGUGCGCUGCCGCGAUCUGCGCGGGCGGUGGCUUUGGAUCCUGGCUGCGCCUACGCUUGGGCUUCCACACGUGGCCCCAAGUGGCUGCAGGAUUCGGCCUGGGCGCAUUGAGUGCGAUGGGCUGGCAGUACCUCUACGUGCGCCAGGUGCAGCGGCAUCUUCAAGAUUCCCUGCUGGUGUGGGGCAUCAAGGGCUCCACAGCCUUGGGGUCAGCACUGUUCGCGGCCAAGCUUCUGUAUGACAUGGCCAAAGAUGCUGGAGACCGUGACUGA